GAAUGGUGUUGCAAUCUCGAGACAUUCACCUCUUCAACAACGAACACAGCAGACAAACAUGGAGAAAAUAUAUGAGAUUAUUUGACGAAGGAGAUCAAAAUAUGGCACCUACUUGCCGGAAAAUGAAGCGACAGCACAUCGACGCAUAUCUGUCACUGACAAAUACGCGAAAUCUGUUGGUUUUUGACGAGGAAUACCAGAAUACGUGAGGAUUGUAAUCCAAAUUGAAGAAAAAAAAAUGUCGACGGUCGUAGGUCCCGAGAAGGUUUCUGAACGGACGGCGAUGGAGAGGUUCGGUAGCGGAGGGAUGGCGCUUCUGCCUUGGACUAAACAGAUGCUCACCGUACUUUGGGAACAGCUUCGGCUGCUGGUUCAAGUCAUAUACUACACCUUCAUGUCAGUUUUCCAGAUGUUCAGGUUUGAGGUUCACGUGAGAAUCACCGACGAGACCGGUCAACACAUCCAGCACAUGACCACGGCAGCAAACCCAACCGAAUCCUUCCUGUUCUCUUCGUUGUUUGACGGCGACAACGGAGUGAUAGUUGGAGGCUCAAAUCCCCUCUCUAACUUCUGUACUGACGUGGGCGACUCCUUCGCUGGGAAAUCCACCGCCGAGGCCCUGCUGUCCACUCUACGUGCCGACGACCUGUGCUGCGGACUGGUGGAUGAUUUCGUGUCUGGCAAAGAAGACGGCAUCUUUCUAGGACAUCAAUCCACUUGGAAAAUGGGCUUCCCUGGCGACUGGAACAUCUUUGUAUCGAGCAGCGACAGCUCCAGCUCCAACGACAGCUGCCAUAGAAGUAGUGAGAAAGUCUUUAAACAGGAAAAUUCAGAAGAGGAGAAAGGUUUUCACUGGAGUAGCGAAGAAGACCAGAACAUAGUCGAAUUUGACAGUGAGGAAGGUAAGGCGCUUUGGGAGUCUCUGUCAAAAUCUAGUGAUCCUUACAACCCCUUCUUUUUCUCUGCAUGCAUUUCAACAAACACCAUCAUGGGGAAAAGUAAAGACAAAGGGAUGGACAGUGACGCUGGCCUCGUGUCAGCGAGCAAGGCCAGCGAGGAGAUGUUGGGGCCUCAAGGCCUGAACAUCUGGGUCAGUCGAUCUGACAGCGAGAGCAGUUGGAGCAGCUGGGCCAGUUCGGACAGUUCGAGCCCCGACAUCGACGAGGAGAGCGAGAGGCUCUUGGAGUUCUUCAGCAGUCCCCAAGACCCCUACAAUCCCAUGUGCUUCACUGCGUGCACAUUCAGCAGCACCUCCUCACCUCAAACCACCCCCACGGUCUCGAAACAACAAGCCUCACUUCCGCCACCUUCCUCCAAGUCUGACACAGACACGGAGGAGAAGGAGAGCAGCUUUCCUCCUUCAUCUGAGGAUGACGAAGAAGAACAGCUGUGGAAAUCUCUCUGCCCAAAGGACGACCCGUACCACCCUCUAAACUUCCAGGCCUGCCUCCUCAGCUCCCCAACAACAACAACAACAACAACAACACCGCAGUUGGGUGAAGAUCCAGAUCCCCUUGAUGUCCACCACACAAAAAAGCCACCCACUAAGGCAAAGAAAUGUAAAAGGAAAAAAAAAAAACAAAAAAAAAAACCAGGAGAGCGCCCGCCCCCCCCGGGGGGGGGGGGGAAAAAAAAACCCCCCCCCCAAAAAAAAAAGGGGGGGGGGGAGGGGGGGGGGACCCCACGCAAACCACCGGGGAGAGGAAAAAAAAAAAAGCAAGGCCAGGAGAAAAAAACCCCCCCCCCCCUUACCAGAAAAAAGGUGCAAUUUUCUCCUCUGGUCCAAGUCCAUGUCAUGCGGACCUGGCCGUUUGCUCGCCAGGCGUCUCGUAAAGGACACUGGGAAGAAAUGGCACGAGACCGGGACCGCUUCCGGAGGCGGGUCCAGGAAACGGAGCAGGCCAUCGGCUACUGCUUCACCCAGCCCCACCGAGAGAAGAUCCGGGCGUAUCUGGACGGUGCCUUGAAAUAAAUAACAGUCCUGAACACUGAAUGUUUUAUUUCCUUUUCGGAUGAGAACUUGUGAUUGGUUGCAAUGCAACAGUGAUUUUGAUUUUAGGCCAAUUAGAAAUUGGAUGUUGGGCCAACCUUAAUGUUCAGUGUCAAGUUGAACAACCUUGUACCUCAAAAGGUUUUAUACAUUUUGUGACUGUUGCACUGACUGACACUUUCUCCUAUUAAGCUCAGCAUUAACGUGUGGAAUGUUGUUUUUGUAUGCCUUAUAUACUGACCUAGUAAUGUAACUUAUUUAUGCCCUAUGGAGCUUGUUUUUUUUAUUUUGUACUUUUGGUUUUAACUGUGUUUUUAUAUGUGUGAAAAAAAAACCAGUGGUGAAUCUAGAAGUUAAAAGUAGAUAAUGAUGAUAUCGUAAGAAAGCAGAGCUUUACAGUACAAAGUGUUUGGAAAAGAUUUUUGUUUAAGCAUGAUGUAUAGAUAUGAUGUUUUGGUGCAAUUCUUGUCUUUUGUAGUGUUCAAAUAUUUAAGUUUUUGAUAUUUAAGUUUUGUCUUGUGUUUUCUUAUUUGGUGGCACAUAAUAGCAGCCUUUUAGCACCGAGUGUGGAGAUGGAUAUCUUUAUUAUUAUAUUGACCGGAAAGAUUCAAAUACUUUGUCCUAUGUGACUGGACUCAGCUCUUCAUGGUAACGUCAUGUAGACAGAAAGAUGUCCCAAAACAAAUUGUCUGUAGCAAAUUUCUUAUUAGGUGCUUUGCCAGAUCAAUAAAAUUUGUUACACUGUA